AUGUCCUCCAAAUACCCCCAACGCAAACUCGGCAACGACCAUGUCUCAGCCCAAGGCCUCGGCUGCAUGGGCAUGUCCUUCGCCUACACCUCCAACGGCGGCUACGACGACACCGAAUCCGCCAAAGUCCUGACCCGCGCCGCCGACCUCGGCAUCACCUUCUGGGACACCAGCGACAUCUACGGCCCGCACACCAAUGAGAAGCUCAUUGGCAAAUGGUUCGCCGACAACCCGGGCCGGAGGAAGGAGAUCUUCCUUGCGACGAAGUUUGGGAAUAUGCGUAGCCCGGAUGGGAAGCCCGGUGUGAGGGGUGAUCCGGAGUGGGUGAAGGAAGCGUGUCGGCAGAGUCUGGAGAGACUGGGGGUCGAGACGAUUGAUUUAUACUACCAGCAUCGGGUGGAUGAUAAGGUGCCGAUUGAGGAGACGGUGAAGGCGAUGGUUGAGUUGAAGAAUGAAGGGAAGAUUAGGUAUUUGGGUUUGUCGGAGUGUUCGGCAACGACGUUGAGGCGGGCGUGUAAGGUGCAUCCGAUUGCGGCGGCGCAGAUGGAGUUUAGUCCGUUCGCGCUGGAGAUUGAGUCGGAGCAGACCAAGUUUUUGGAGACGGCGAGGGAGUUGGGUGUGAUGAUUGUGGCGAUCAACCAUCCGAGGUUCUCUGAGCAGCAUUUCGGGGAUAAUUUGAAGCUGGUGGAGAAGCUGGAAGAGAUGGCGAAGAAGAAGAACUGCACGGUGGGACAACUGGCGUUGGCUUGGGUUCUGGCACAGGGGGAGGACUUCAUCCCCAUCCCAGGGACGAAGCGCGUCAAGUAUCUCGAGGAGAAUGCAAAGGCGAUUGAUGUGACGUUGACCAAGGAAGAAGAGUUGGACUUUAGGAAGGCCGUCGAGAGUGUUGGUGGCGGGAAGGGCGAGCGCUAUCCACUGGCCAUGUUGGCUCGCUGCUUUGGUGACUCGCCAGAGUUGAAGUAG